AUGCCAAAGUCGAAACAGAAGGCGAAGCGCAGGGCAGCCGCCACAACGCAAGAUCAUGAUGCGCCCUCAGAUAUCAUCGAGUCCGCUCAAGAAGCAAGCCUGGACGACAUCCGCCGAGCAAAUGAUGAAAGUAACGACGAUGACGAUGACGACGAUGGAGCAGUCGCAGUCGCUUCGUCUUCCUUUGCAGCGCUUGCGCCUGCUGAGGACGAGCCGGAAGACGACAAUGAGGACGUGGCUCCAGCAGCAGCGAAACCCAAGAAGAAGAAGGCCAGCAAGAAGAAAGCCAAGCCAGCGCCAGAAUCGGACGAUCUGGAUGCUCUCCUUUCCGCUUACCGAGCAGAGACGCGCGGUACUGACGCCGCUUCCGCCGCCAGUCAGUCAAACGCGUCAUCUGAUCUGUCCGAGUUGAAUGAGCUGCUUUCUGUCGAUUCCAAACGGACAGACCCAGAAGUCGAACUACGCAAGAUGUUCGGCUCUCGCGUCGUCAGUGCAGAUUCGUCCGUCAGCAAAUCACGAGGAUCGUCGCGCUCGCGCACACUGCUCGUCAAGCCAAAGCAGACUUGGCCACCUUUUGCAGGUGCCAAGGGCGGUCUGGAUAUGCGCGAGCUUUCCGAUCAAGAUGGCAUAGAGUCCAGAGGACGAGCAGAGCGAUGGUUCUCCUACGAGCAUUCGCCCGCAUACGUAGAAGUACAGCAGCGAUUCCUUGAAGCCGUCAUGUCGCUCGACGGCAACAACCUUAUACCCGUUUUGCGCGUGCAUCCAUACCACACAGAUACUCUGUUGCAGCUGUCCGAAAUGGCUUUGCAGCAGGGCAAUCCGAACGAAGCGCUCGAUUUCCUUGAUCGCGCCAUCUUUGCGUACGAAAAGGCGGCCAUUCCAGCUUUCUCGCUGUCUUCUGGCAAUGGCAGACUCGAUUUUCUACGAAUAGAGAAUCGGGGCUUCUUCAGAGCACUGCUACUCAAGACAGCCAAUCUCGUUCAGCGUGGUACCUAUUCCGCUGCUCAUGAGAUUGCAAAAGCACUCUAUUCGUUAGAUCCGUACGACGAUCCGAUGGGUGUCUUACUCUGGCUCGAUUUCACAGCCGUCAAAGCGCAGCAGUACACAUUCAUAGAGAAGCUGCUUGCUUCUGCGCGAGAGCAGAGGAGCACUUCGGCGCCCGAUAUGCUCGAUCUCGAUGGGUAUCCCGGUCUAGCCUUUGCAGCCGCACUCAGCCGAUUUCUCGCUGGUGCGCAAGGCUCCGAGGAGCGGCUUGAAGAAGCUAUACUCGACUUCCCAAUGGUAGUCUGCUACUUGACCGACAAGCUCGGGCUGCGUACGCCCCAGAUCUUCUCAGACCACGAUCGAUCCGCUCGAGCAGUGCCAUCUGUUCGGCCAGAUCACUGCGUUCAUUUGCUGGCUCAGAUGUAUGCGCAUCGAUCUGCGGUGCUAUACAAGCCGCCAGAAGUCCAAGCCUGGCUACAGCGAGGUAUUGCAGCUUGUGAGUCGAAGCUGUCUGCAUACGCAAAACCUCAAAAGGGCACCUACCCCAAUGCAGAGUGCCCAGAAGGCGUCUUGCGAAACGUCAUAAUGUCAGACGUGCCAUCGCUCAAACCAAUGCUCAGCUCUGGCAUCGUAGCUUGGGGCGCGGGCUACAGCUACGAUAACAUGCCACCGAAGGAUGCAAUCUCGUCUUACGACGAUCGUUACUUUGCGCGUCUCUACAAGACACAAGCCCAGAUCGAUGCCAUGCCUGUACCGGGCGCGGCGUCAUCACAGAGUACGAUAGAAGCGCUUAUGCGCCGGCUUGGACUCUUUGGCGGAGGCGGCGGUGAUCAGUCCGACGACGAUGGGAGCGAUCUGGAUUGA